UGCCAUGCAUGGAUCAGAAUCAGUGGAACAAUAGACAACAGCAAUAUCAGCGUUCUAGCUGGAUGGCUGAGCGAGCUGCGUAUGUGUGGCAGUGCCUGUGGUAUAUUGGACCAUCUCUCUCGCCGUAGACACAGAGCUGAGUCAUGUGACAGCAGGAGGACAGGAAGACACGCAGCAGCAGAGAGAGUGUGUACAGACAGAGGGGAGAGUGUGAGGAGUCCCUGGGGGUCAGUGCUGCUGCUGCAUUGAUUAACAGCAUCAGCAGAUGCCAGAGAGAGAGAGAGAGAGAGAGAGAGAACACCAUUCCUCCUUCCUCAUAGAGUUACUGGCGGUUGCCUGUAGUGUGCCCUGCAGGUGAGGGCAGUGCCAUGGGGCUUCGUGUGUCAUGUGCACAGACAUCCCCCCUUACAUGGAGCUUGUUACAGAGAAGUGCAGAUAUAAGCAACAGCUGGUCUUCUGUAUAAGGGAGUGAUUGUGGUCCAGAGAUUAACUUUUCUUCGCUGUCUGUGAAGUGCCAAGGCAGCAGCCUAAAACCCGCUAGGGGUUAGCGAUCUUCGUGAUCACAUGACCAUGCCAACUCACAUCCGAGGAGGAAUGGCAGCUGCUGAAAACAGUAUGGAAGACAUAAAUCCUGUGUUGAGGAUAAGUCAACUGGAUGCGAUUGAAUUAAACAAGGCAUUGGAGCAAUUGGUCUGGACACAGUUUAACAGUUGUUUUCAAGGCUUUAAACCGGGACUAUUAAUUCGCUUUGAGCCAGAAAUUAAGGCAUUUUUAUGGUUGUUUUUGUGGCGAUUCACCGUGUACUCCAGAAAUACAACUGUCGGCCAGGGAAUUUUAAACAUUCACUACAAAAAUGACUUAUCUCAGACUAAAAACUACAUCCCACUCAAUAAGCAGCAAAAAGUAUGGUUUGCACUUUUUACAGUUGGCGGCAAGUGGUUGGAAGAACGUUCCUAUGACUUAUUCAGCAACAACACUUGUGGGUCAUCUUUUCACAGAGCAAAGUAUUUCAUUAAUGUGGUAUCCGGCUUCCUCAAGAUUUGUGGACUUUUGAAUUUCUUGGUUUUUCUUCAGCAGGGAAAAUUUGCCACAUUGACUGAACGCCUUUUAAGAAUCCGGUCCGUCUUUAGUAAACCCCAAGAUGUGCGACAAGUAGGCUUUGAGUACAUGAACAGGGAAAUCUUGUGGCAUGGCUUUGCAGAGUUCUUGAUUUUUCUCCUGCCUCUCAUUAAUACGCAAAAGCUGAAAUCAAAGCUGUUUUCUUGGUGUAAGCCAGUGAGAGGCCUCCGUCAUACUGAUCCAUCUGUAGCCGUCAUUUGCAAGGAGUGCUGCCUGUGUGGAGAAUGGCCGACUAUGCCUCAUACCAUAGGCUGCGCUCAUGUCUUUUGCUACUACUGCAUUAAAAGUAAUUACAUGUCUGACAUGUAUUUUACUUGCCCUAAAUGUAGCACCCAGGUGCACAGUCUGCAACCGCUGGAAUUCAAGAUCGAGAUCUCUGAGGUUCACACUUUGUAGAGGUUUGUUUUCUGUGUGAUUUAAUAACCUAAGAACAUUGAGGUUGCAAUCUAUUGAUACCAAUCUUUUACAAGCAAUUCUAAUACCUACGUUCUGUUCUAUGAUCCUUUAGAAUUAUCAUAAGUUUGGAACACGUAGAUUCGAGACUGAAAGUGAAUCCGUAUUUUUGUUAACUUUAAUCAUCUAUCCAAUUAACUUUCAGAAGGUUGAAGAAACCAUCACCACUUCACGAACUCUUCCAGAGCAUGGAGUCACCACACAAUGACAUGUGGGAUCUUCACUCUUCUGUUUUGAGAAAUAAAACACCACCUACAGUAGGAAGCAUUUGUUUGCAAAUAACGUAUACCUCCAUCGCCAGUAAUUGUUCAGAGCCAGUUAUUCACAUCAUCCAGGAGAUAUUUCUAUGGUUGUUUCGUCUAAUACAAAUCUCACAAGACAGCGCUGCUGAACAGGUGUUUCAUUUAGCAAUAAAAAAAUAUAUAUAAUAAACACAUAUAAAAAAUACCAUCGGUUAUACAUCGGCCAGUAUUCUUCACAAGCACUUGAGCACGAUGUUAAAAAAACAUAUAAACUCUACUAAAUGCCUCUGAAUACUCCAGCACAGGCACACAGGUUUAAAGUGCUGAUUGCUUGCUUUAUGUUCAUCAAAUCAGAAUCAGAAUCAGCUUUAUUGGCCAGGUGUACUCACGUACACUAGGAAUUCUUUGUGGUACAAUGCAUCGCCAAGCAGCAACAUGAAGGGGGAAUACAUAGCAUACGAAGGGGGAAGAACAUAGCAUACAUUACACACAUUACACGUAUGAGUUGAUACUGCACAUUGCAACUGUACAAUAGACUCAACAUAUUAGACAUAUUAUACACGUAGGACUAAACACAAAGGCUGCUUGGCAGAGCAGCACCGAGGCAGCCAUCCGCGGAGCCAACUAGAACUCAAACAAUGCACAUAAUACAGAAGAUUUAAGUACCAUUCAAGGUGUAUCCAAGAGUCACUAGUUGUUGUUGGUAUUAUUUACAAGUUCUGUUCUGCUCUGUAUACAGGGGUGGUCUUCAGUUUGCCGGUUGUCGGGGUCCCGGCGCACAGUAUACCGGCUCCGGAAUCCUGACACCAGGCAUACCGAUGCCUUUUCUCCCUCUUGGGGCUCCACGACAGCCCUGGAGGCAGAAUAGAUGGCGUGGCGCACAUAACGUGCCACCGAGCCCGCAGUGUUGCUAGCGCAGCGAGCCUGCAUGGGGCUCAUUUGCGCUCGCCACGCUGUCUGUAUGCCGGCACCGGUAUGCUGUGCGCCAGGACCCCGACAGCCGGCAUACCAUACUACACCAGUAUACAGACUCAGUCACACAAUACAAAAGUGUUAUAUAUCAUACUAAUCAGCACAGUCUCCUUGUGUGUCCUAGUUGCAUUGCGCUGUGUCUUAUACACACUUUCAGCAAAAAAAAAAAGAUGCCUCUGAGUUAGCAGAGUUGCACGGGACCUGACAGCUCACUCAUGGCAGGCAUCUCGCACGGCAUGGCAUACUAAAGGUGCAUACUCACUAGACGACGUGCUCUAUGAGCGAUGUCUAAUGUUUUCCCCCUCCCGGGCCGGGCGGAUGGUGGCCGGGCAUACACACUGAGUGGUAUGACCACCAUAUCGCUCAGUGACAUAAUGCCGUGGGGCCGCUCAUCGGUCGUCGUCGCCGGCAUACACACUUGUCGGGAAAGUCAACAACGUCGCUUAGGAAGGGUGAAAAGAGCUACAACAUUCAUUUUAUCGGCAAGUGUGUAUGCACCUUACAGCUAAAGGUAUGAGUCCACAUCUGCAUUUGUAACACAGUGCACAGUAUGCCGAAACACAGACAUGGAGGGAACUUCCGCACUAACAUUUUUUACUAUGCUGAAUUUUGUGGUUUAUGGUAGUUUACCACUUUUGGUUUAGCGAUUUGUGCAAUGGAUAAAUAUAUACUACAGUAUACUGACAAAUGGCACUUUAUACAGAAAGAGUAACAAAAAAAAUAUUAACUGAGGUUUUCGAGGGUAUCCAAAUAGCUGCAAUAAUUUUUCAGGCAUGAAAAACUGUUUGUUUGUUUGUUUGUUUGUUUUUCUUUUGCAAUUCUUUUGUUAAUUAUUUGUAACAUUUUUUCAGGCUAUCCAGUUAGCCCCAUUUUUUCCUGACUGAAAAGUUUUAGUUUUUCAUGCAAAAACAUAUAGGAUCCAUGAAAGGUCAUGGAACAAAAGGCUGCUUGACGCGGAUUUGGUUUUGGAUACCGCGUUAAUAACCAUCGGUCAAACAUUGUGAUAUCUGCUCAUUUUUAAUAGGAUACCCCCGCCCAUAGAAUUUGACGUCAGAUAAGAAACACUUAGCCUAUCUAGUCUGCCCUAUACACAUGGUCUGUACACGCACACACUUGCACACUAGGGUAAAAAAAAUGUUUAUUAUUUCAUUGGGAGCCAAUUAACUUACAAGUAUAUUUUGGGCUUUGCACUGUGUAUUCACUUGUUCUCUUCCCUAUCUCUGACUUAUUCCUUACAACAGGUUAAUAACCAUUGUUGCUGCAGGGAAAUUAAAGGGGCAUCCAACCAACCCUUACUAAAACAUGCUGCUCCAUUUAUUGAAAAUAGGUGUGGUCUCCAACUCUUCCCCAGGAACCCACUGUUAUCUGAAAAAAAGGAGUUAUACUGUUUCGCAGAACUCAUCUCGUUUUCAGGUGUAGUAUAGUAGGUCAACAGAAGGUUGACCGUGUCUAGGUUGACCCCAAAAGGACGACUUGGAAAUGGUCAGCACAUGAAAAUAUCGACAUGAGUUUAUUGGUAUCAAAUUAUACAUGAACCCCCAAUUAGUGUUCCACUUCGCUCGACGCAGGUUACCGUUCUGAACUGUAGUUCGCGUGUAUAGUAAAGUAUGAAAAAGUGCUAAAAAUGAAAAAUAAUUAACAAAAAACUCAUGUCGACCAUUGUCGUGUUGACCUUUUUGACCAUGUCGACCAUAUGAUGUUGACAUUAGCUGUCGACCUAAUAACUAUCGACCUAUCAUCCGGAACGCUUAGUUUUUCUACAGCAAGGCUCAGUAUUACAGUCCGCCCAUUUCUUUUCAGUAAACCUCAUUGGAGAUAACUGUACGGGUUGAGCCCCCAGUGAUGUGAGCACCCAGCCUCAGGUAAGUUGAGGUAGAAUGUUUACUACAAAGUGGAAGUCAUAGGUUAUAACCCUGUAAUAGUUAAAUGCUAAGGUGGUCUUUUCUCCCUUUUCUUACUCUGUACCAAAUAUUUAAUUCAGAUACAGGAAUAUAGUGUUCCAUGCUAUCGUGUUACCACAUUUUUGAUGAUUUGGGUUUGCCCAUGGGGAUAAUAUUUUGAUUGUAACUGGGAAUGUCCGUACUUUGGGGCUGGUAAUGACAGGAGAGUCUUGCUCUGUCUGUCAGAGGAGAGAGACUUACAGUGCCUUGCUAAAGUAUUCACCCCCUUUCAAUUUUUCAUGUUUUGUUUCCUCACAACCUGGAAUUAAAAUGGAUUGUUUGAA